GCCACUUGGGUGUGACGUGUGUGUAGAGUGUAGACUGAAAAAUGGCCCAAAUUUAGAAACCCAAAGCUCAAAGUAUCUAACAUUCUAACCCCAUAAGUCCAUAACAUAUUCAAGCCCUCACAUUUCUUCUUUUAUCUUCUUCAAUUGCCGGAACUCCUGCAAAACGCUGCAACUUUCCGUUUGAAUUCCGGACACCCCUGCGGCUCCCUACUUCUUCCACUGUUCUCAGCUUUUGCGAGUGAGGAUGGGGCCUAUUACGUUAGCCAUUGGUGGCAACAACUCUUCAAUGGAACAAACAGAUAUGUCAGUGUCAAGAGUGCAGAAUCUAUCAACUGCCAGUAGAGUGUCUUUUGCGUCUGUCAGCAUGGGAGAAGAAAAGCCCUUUGACUUUGUUCAGACGCUAAUAGAUGGCGUUAUUGCAGGAGGUACUGCUGGUUUCGUCGUGGAGACUGUUUUAUACCCAAUUGAUACAAUAAAGACCAGAUUGCAGGCAGCACGUGGUGGAGGGCAAAUAGUCUGGAAGGGCCUUUACUCUGGCUUGGCUGGAAAUCUUGCAGGAGUCCUUCCAGCUUCUGCCGCAUUUCUGGGUGUGUAUGAACCAACAAAGAAAAAGUUGUUAAGGAUGUUACCUGAGAACCUCAGUGCAGUUGCACAUAUGACUGCAGGUGCCGUUGGUGGAAUGGCUGCAUCUCUAAUUCGUGUUCCUACUGAAGUUGUUAAGCAGAGGAUGCAAACAGGACAAUUUGUUUCAGCUCCUGAUGCUGUGCGUCUAAUUGUUGCUAAGGAAGGAUUUAAAGGUCUAUAUGCGGGUUACCGAUCAUUUCUGCUUCGAGAUUUGCCGUUUGACGCCAUACAGUUCUGCCUCUAUGAACAACUUCGGCUAGGUUACAAGCUGGCAGCCAAAAGAGAACUGAAUGAUCCUGAGAAUGCGGUCAUUGGCGCUUUUGCUGGUGCUUUAACUGGUGCUAUUACUACCCCUCUUGAUGUGAUUAAGACGAGGUUAAUGAUCCAGGGAUCUGGAAACCAGUACAAAGGCAUAGUAGAUUGUGUCAAGACUAUUGUUAGGGAAGAGGGGGCUCCUGCCCUUUUAAAGGGUGUUGGGCCUAGAGUUUUGUGGAUUGGUAUUGGUGGUUCUAUAUUCUUUGGUGUACUUGAAAGCACAAAGCGGUUUCUUGCAGAAUCACGAGUUAAGCGUAUUGAAAAUACAGAGAUAAAGCAGGAUUGAUAUGUCUUCUCUUCAACGUGGAUCUUGAUCUGUAUUUGAGUCAAAUCUUUGUUUCAGUUAAUAAUAGUGAAAUGCAUUAUGGUCGGAGUUGUAUAUUUAUCAUAGAUAAGUAGGUAGUUGGCCUUUGUAUCUUGUGAUUUUCUUGUCUGUGGUUAAUAUGCACAACUCUCUAUUAUUAGUUUAAUGCAGAGUAGUUCUGAAUGGUCUUCUCAACUGCAUCUACAACAAUUUUGUGGUGAUGAAUAGUUCAUUGAAUGGUUUCUUAUUUUUCUUAA